CAUCCCUUGGCUUCUGUUUCCGGUCACGCCGUUGUCGGGUAUUCUGUCGUGUGCUGCUGUGGUGCUGUGUUUGUGGCGAAAAGUGUGGGUAUUACCAGCGCGACAAUGAGUACACCGACUCAGAUGGUGAUGAAAAAGAUCCGGAAACGACAGCAACAAAAGAAAAAGCUACGAGCACUCAAGAACGUCGAGAAAGAUGACGCUGACACAACCACAGAGAAGCAGACGGACGACCUGGACGAUACUACAUCAGAAAACGUGGCUUUCAGUGAACCUCAGUCGAAAUCAAACGGUGAAAGCGCGACCGAGGUUACAAACGUCGAAGUUGAUCAACUUGGGAACGACAACAACGUCUUACCUGGUACCAGCUUAGGUAUUGUAUCUGAUACCAGAUUCGACUCACUCAAAGGAAAGGUUGCAGACCAAAUCCUGAAAGGUGUCAGCGAGAUGGGAUUCACAAAUAUGACAAACAUCCAAGCAAAAACAAUCCCUUACUUACUCGAAGGUCGCGACGUCGUAGCCGCUGCUAAAACUGGAAGUGGCAAAACGUUAGCUUUUCUCAUACCAGCUGUAGAGUUGCUCUCCAAGCUCAAAUUUAUGCCACGAAACGGCACGGGUGCCAUCGUCAUCGCCCCGACGCGAGAAUUAGCGAUGCAGACGUUCGGGGUUCUACAAGAACUUUCUGCUAACAUGAACCAGACAAUUGGUCUCAUCAUGGGUGGAACAAAUCGCCAGACAGAAGCGGUUAAACUGAGUAAGGGUGUUAAUUUUCUGGUAGCAACGCCCGGGAGGCUGCUCGACCAUCUUCAAAAUACGUCGGAGUUUAUCUACAAGAACCUUCAGUGUCUCAUCAUCGAUGAAGCCGACCGUAUCCUCGAUAUCGGUUUCGAAGAAGAAAUGAAGCAGAUCAUGCGUCUCAUGCCGAAACGGAGACAGACGAUGCUCUUCAGUGCAACACUGACAAAGAAGACGGAGGAUCUUGUCAAAGUCGCGCUCAAGAGCGAGCCCGUGUACCUCGGCCUCGACGAGCAACAAGAAAAAGCGACCGUUGAGGGCCUGGAACAGGGUUAUGUCAUCUGUCCUUCUGACAAACGCUUCCUCCUCCUCUUCACCUUCCUGAAGAAGAACCGCAAAAAGAAAGUGAUGGUGUUCUUCAGUUCCUGCCUCUCAGUCAAAUUCCACCAUGAGCUGCUCAACUACAUCGACCUCCCCGUCAUGAGCAUCCACGGGAAACAGAAACAGGCAAAACGGACCACGACCUUCUUUCAGUUCUGCAACGCGGAAUCCGGAAUACUCCUCUGCACGGACGUCGCCGCUCGAGGGCUAGACAUUCCAGAGGUGGACUGGAUCGUCCAGUACGACCCGCCGGACGAUCCGAAAGAGUACAUCCAUCGUGUCGGAAGGACUGCGAGAGGGGAAGGCGGCAGGGGACACGCCCUGCUGAUCCUCCGCCCCGAGGAGGUCGGCUUUUUACGCUACCUCAAGCUGGCCAAAGUUCCCCUGCAGGAAUUUGAGUUUUCCUGGUCAAAGAUUGCCAACAUUCAGCCACAGCUGGAGAAACUGAUCACAAAGAACUAUUUUCUGCACAUGUCGGCGAAGGACGCUUAUAAGGCAUACGUCAGGGCCUAUGACUCUCACCAUCUCAAGACUAUAUUUGAUGUCCAGACAUUGGACCUGGUCCAGGUGGCAAAGUCUUUUGGAUUCCUGGUUCCUCCCAGCGUGGACCUGGGAGUGGCAGCUCCCAAAAAUGCAAAGAAACGAGGAUCGACUUAUGAUGGGGCGUCGAUGAAGAAACGUCAGAAGGCUAUCAUCUACAAGCCGGUCCCGGUGGGGCACAAAGAUCGACAGUUCAGUAGAUAAUGGCAGUACCAUGUACGACUCAUCGUCAUCUGUUCCAUUACCUUAAGCAGAGACAGAAUAAAGAGCUUCAUUACACCACAUUACAAGUACUCUGUGAAUGUAAUUAAAUUGCUGUUACUCAAGAUGAAAUAAAAUUGAAUUACGUUUAA